AGUAUUUUUGCUGCGUGGCUUCAACUGACUCCAUACACGCGCACCCUCCUCGAUGUACGUGUCCCUUCCUUGGCUGUGCUCCAUAAACAACACUUCACUUUAUGUCCGUCGCGGCACACUCACAUGCAGACACACUCCACCACAAAGUCAUCGAGAGAGAGAGAGGCAUGGCAGGCGAGUGAGUUAGCCAGACAGUCACACACAGUCACACAUCGGCCGAACCAUCAAAUCAAAAUCGGCCGGCCGGCAGCGGAGAGCGCGAAGUGCGCCCACACCCCCACGUACACCCACAGGCAGCCAGCCAUGAGGACGGGCAGAGAUCUAUACACACACAGAAAUACAGAUGGAGGGAAGAAGGGCUACAUAUAGAGGAGAGAUACGCACGGGCAACAAGACGAACCAACUGACGCCUGCAUCAGAGGCAUGGAACCCUUCACCACAACAGCCACCCAUCCAGCCAUUCGGCCACACGCCACCACCACCACAAAUAUCAGCUGCUGCACUAUGGUGGCCCGUCUUCCACCGACACACAAACGGAUCGGCGACAGAGAUGAUCACAGCCGGCGCCCAAGAGAUACCAUCCUGAUGGCACACAACACACAUACCAGUCUGGGCGACAUUCAGCCACAUGACAGAGGAUAUGAAUCGCUGCUCACCCACCAAUAUUGACUGAUCGAUCAGUCGCCGCUCUCCGCCUCAGCUGCUGCAUCCUCACCUGUCGAGUGCACAGGACACACACAUAGGUGAAAGUCAUUCGGGUCGACGUGAGGGCCUCUGUGGUGUGUGUGGCUGUGUACCUCCGCUGCCGUCAUCCAUAUCGUCACCCUCGUCGGAAUCUGCAGACCACUCACAGACACAGAGAGAGAAGGCACUUCAUCCAUCCAUCCAUCCAUCCAUGUGUCUGUGUGUCAGUACCAUCGUCGUUAUCGUCAUCCUGCUGCUGCUGCUGCUGCUGUACUUGUCCGUCGAAUACGAAUGGCGCCACCGCCCCCAAGGCCACACGAGCCAGCUGAGUGGUCAACGAGAAGCGGUGCUUGAAGGGACCCCCCUCACAGACAGCCGCCUCAGUUGUCACCACAGACAUACCCACUGCACAUGAGGGGCAGAAGACCACGCGACGUAUGACCAGCGGAGCAUCCCCUCUGUCAGUCUGACCGUCGUUGUUUCCUGCUCCGCUGAUAACAAUCCAUGCGACAAAGGGGUGGCUGCCGUCGGUCUGCACCAGCUGUCGCACAUUGCCGUGCAACCCGAUUGCGGUAGUGCAGCCUGCCACCGGUGUGUGGGGCGACUCGGUCAGCAGGCCAUCCAGACGGCCGCCACCAACGUACCUGAACCAAGCACAGCCAAAGACACAGGCAAAGACCCACCCUCGUGCCUUCAGUGCCAUUGAUGUGUUGUCACCUGUUGAGCAUUAUCGAUGUGUAAUGGGUCUGAUGAGUCAGCCUGAAGUGGUCGAAGACCAUGCACUUGGCAAACGACGACACUGACGCAUCGGUGUCCUGGCCACCGUCGGUGGAUAUCCAUCUACCGCCCUCGCCCCAGUAGUAGAUGCCCUCACGCACCGGCGGGUCGUGUGGCUGCCGGUGCUGCUGGUACAGAUGACCGGCAGGCAGGAGCGGGUCGACCUCCAGCUGGAAGCCCGGCUCGUCCUUGAUGGCCCGCACCUCAUCGCCAUGCUGGAACAGCUGCAGGCAGCUGUCGUCACUGAAGUGGACGUGGCGGCCGACCAUCUUGAGCUGCGCCAACACACGGGGAGCCGACACAUACGCCUACACACAGGACCACACAGACAGAGAGAAUGAGGCCCUCUCCCUCCCCUCCCCGCCCCUCUGUUUGCUGGCUCACCGUUUUGCUUGCGUGUGUGUUGAUGUCAUCGGCUGUGAGGAUGACAGGCAGCUCACAGCUGUCGCACUGCCCCGCCACCUCAAUCACCUCGCCGAUCUCGUCCCAUGGCCCCUCCUCCACCACACACACAGCCGCCAAGAGAUCAUGUGUGCCGAACUGGUCGUCGUCGAACCGCAGCAGCUGCACUUGCUGCCCAUUCACCGCCCGCCGCAGCCCCGCUUGUGAGCCCAGCGAGUGGCGGAGCCGAUCUCUCAGCUGGGCCGCUCCGAAGAGGUCUCUCAGCCACGUGCAGGUGGCCCUCAGCCGCAGGACGUCCUUGAUGCUGCUGAAGAGGUAGAAGGUGCGGCGGCCGACGAAGAUAUACGAGAAGGGGUGCUGCUGCUGCUGCUGCUGCUGCUGCGGUGGCUGCAUCUGGGUAGCUAUGAUGUGCUCGACGACAGCCUGCACAGAGCGACAGAGCCGACAGAGGAUCGUGUGCAUCAAGCAUGCUGCUCAUUGAUCUGUGUGCUGCUCACCUCGUUCGAUGCUCAGACGGACAGAUCAGCAUGCAGAGAACUGAAUGCACCACCACCACCACCACCUUUACCACCACCAGCAGCAGCGGCAGAUGAGGAGGCCGCCAUCACUCCUCAACGACACGCCUGCAGCCAUGGGCCGACAGAGAGAGAGAGAGAGAGAGAGAUGCCAACACAAUACCACGGCCAACGCAUUGAGGCCAAUUGAUCAGUGAGCGCAUCAGUGAGUCAGUCAGUGAGUGAUCGGCCUCCCUCACCACUGUUUGGCUGUCAGCUCAGUGGCCCGCCAUCUCACCGCAGCAGCCGAGAGGGAUGACUGACUCGAGUGUUUCCUCUCGCCCUCUUGUCGGCCGAGUGCGUCACUCUCUCAAA